AUGCCUUUUUCCCAACAUAGUCAUUCUGGUCAAUUUUGUCUCCAUGCAACCGAUACUUUAGAAGAAAUUGUGUUAGAAGCCAUUAAAAAAGGUUUUCAAGUUUAUGGAUUAUCUGAACAUUGCCCAAGAUAUCGAACAAAAGAUUUAUACCCAGAAGAAUCUCAUUCAUCACCACAAGAAUUAAAUAAAACUUUUACCGACUAUGUCAUAGAAGCUCAACGUCUUCAAAAUAAAUACAAAUCACAAAUCAUAUUACUCAUUGGUGUUGAAAGUGAAAACAUUUAUUCAAAUUCAAUCUUUGAAAUACUACAAUUGGCUAAAGAUCAUUCAAUAGAAUAUUGUGUUGGUUCAGUUCAUCAUGUUUAUGAAAUUCCUAUUGACUUUGAUUUAAAAACUUUUGAAAUUGCUUUGGAAAAAGCUUGUGAAAAAAAUAAUCUGCCCUCAUCAUCAUCAAUGGAAGAAAAUUUAUUUAAUUCAUAUUUUGAUUUACAAUUUCAUUUAUUCAAAAGCAUUAAACCAAUGAUUAUUGGUCAUUUUGAUGUUAUUAGAAAAUUCAAACAGGAUUUUCAAUUAACUGAUUCAAAUUGGGAAAAAAUUGAAAGAAAUAUUGAUUUUGUUAUAAGUUAUGGUGGUUUAUUUGAGAUAAAUUCAGCUGCAUACAAAGUAGGCUUGAGGGAUGCAUAUCCACAAAGAGAUAUUCUAAAGUUAAUUAUAAGAAAAGGUGGUAGAUUUACAAUUUCAGAUGAUAGCCAUGGUAAAAAUAGUGUUGGCCAACAUUAUGAUAAAUUAUAUAGUUAUUUAAAAGAAUUUAAUAUAGAUAUUUUAUAUUAUUUAGAUCAUAGUGGUGAAGAUGAUAAACAACUUGUUGUUAAAGAAAUGAAAAAUAACAAUUUGAUGACAAAUUUCACUAAUACCUUGCUUACUAACAUCAAAACAACAAUAUCUGUAUCAUUUGAUUUCUCAUAUGGAUUAUCUACACCUGUAAAUCCUUUAACUUCAUUGG